CGCUACGAGAGGUUCUCCUGGCUUAGAGGUCAAGCUUAGUUCCUUCCUAGGUGUCUGACACUGGCACCCAAUCCCGCCGCCGUCUGCCACACACUGUUCCCAUAUCCGACACUACACUACCUACCUACUUACCUCUAGCCCAGAGGUACUCAUAUGAGCACAUCCUUGGUGGCCCUGGCAGGUGUCCACAAACCCUGUGGGCUGGCUCCUGCAUGCACUGCCGUUCGGGCGAAAAAGAACGAGACCCCGGAUUUCUAGUCCGUGAUGGAGCGUUUCCUUAGCUAUACACGUGUACCCACCUCCAACAGCAGUCUUACACGCAGUGCGUAGUGUACAAUAAUAUCCGUCAUCCCACCUACCUACUACCUACACCUACCUAGUCACUCGUUUCUCCUCUUUGAUCGAUAGUCCUUCGUUUCUUCAUUUCUUUCCUUGUCACGCGAUCCCUUCCCCGUCCACAGACCGUCCACCCGGCCGCUCACUCCAGUCCUGCCCGCCCUCAAACAUCGCUUUGCGCUCGACGGGAGAUUCUGAUUUUCACCCGACGCGCCAGCUCAACGCCUCGACUCGACAAUCCGCCGGCCCGGCUGAUGCCCCCCCUUGCCUCCCCAAGGCCCCCUACCACGUUGGCCUCGCACGUCGCCUGGUUGGGUAUAGCUCGGCCUUAAACCACCCCUACGGGACAAUCCGCCCUUUAGAAGGAAUCUCAGGCGCAACUUGGAAACGAACUCCCUGUCACCCUCGAACACAACUCAACUCCUCCUCGUGUUUCAGAACGGCCACGGCCUCCAACCUGCGAAGCACGAUUCCCCUGACAAAGUGACGGCAACCCAUUCCGUUGUCGACAUCUGCGUCUUUUCAUUCGUUUGUCAAAUCGUCUCGCCCUGAGCAACACCGGUUGAGGCGCACCCGUCUGUCGCAUCGUCGCCGAGCCUCCGCAACAUUUCCUGUCCCGCGUCGACCGACGACAAAGAAGCCACUUAGCUUUGGUCUUCCCCGCUGAACCGUUCCCGACGAUACACUUUAUCCCUUUUCGACAUAAUCCCACUUGCUGCGCACAACAGCAUCUACUCGACCUUUCAAAUUUAACCCCCCUCCUCGGAUUUUUGGUCCACGCCGUCCGGCUCCUGUACGGGGAGUCGUCAGAACCGCCCGUCCUGGCUAGCCGCCUAGAGAUCCGCCGGUCCUACUUGGCCGGUUCGCACCCAAUCCUUAGUUUCGACGCUUCGGAUAACGCAGCUCAAUACCGCGAUACCCUCAUGGCUCAGAACAUCGCUUCACGCCCCAAGAAGGGCGUCUUUGACUUUCUCGAGUCUAGAUGGGCAAAGUUUUUUUUCGCCAUUGUCGCUCUACAGGCUAUUAUUGGUGUGACGUUCGAAUCAUAUAUUUUCGGCAGAUUCCAGGACAGCCUUGAGGACUACACGACUGGCGAAAAUGAGGAACGCGAUGCGCAGUACAUGACGAUACCGACGUUCUUGGCCUUGUUCAUCUUCGGUUUCCUCUACGUCCUGUUUCUUACGUGGGAUGCUUUGCGCUGGAAGAACACCAUUCAGAUCAUUGGGCUAUGCAUCGCCAACCUCGCGCUCUUUGUCUAUACGAUUCUUCAGAUCGAUCAGAUUGAUAGAUCGAUUAGUAAGCUCCAAUUGGCUGGUAUUUUUCGGCCUCUUGAAGUUCAUGAAGCGGUAUGGCACGCCUGCGCGCCCUUCCUUUAUACCAUCCCCCCUGUCAUUGGCGUCGCCACUGUUGCUAUGAGCGCGUGCGCCUGGCAACUUUAUCAGGAGUUUGCGUGGGAUAUCUUGAAGCAGAUUGGUGCCGAUUAUCGCAUGAAGAAGCGAUUUCUUCACUAUCAGAUUUUUAUCGCAUUGCUCAAGUUUGAUUUCUUCUUCUUCCUGGGCUUCACAAUCCAGUUCCUGGUUGUUGUAACCGGCAAGACAAGCAUCGAACUCGGUCUUACCGCUGCCGCGAUUCCCGUCACCAUUAUCAUCCUGCUUUGCGCCGCCUUCUUCACGCAGCGCGAAAACCGCGUUGGAAUGUACGCAGUGAUCCUGCUCUUCUUUGGUGGUCUUGCCUAUUUCUUGUUCAAGCUUGUCCGCAUUUACUCGAAAAGUCAUGGCUGGCAUUACACGCCCGUUAAGCGCUCCCUUACCGCGUUCGCCGUUAUGACCAUCCUCCUGAUUCUCAUCACCAUCGCCAACGCGUUCAUCUGCACGAGCAACUUUGGCAAUGGACUCAAGACGCACUUGGUCAAGCCCCAGGGUAGGGACCCGGAAAAGGAUGACAUCAACUCAUUCCAGAUGACGGAUCAGAAACCCAAACUGACGACUCGGAUGACAAUCGACUGAGUGGGGGAGGCGGAAAUAGAGAAUAAAGAACGAGACGAGCAAGACGCGACAAAGGAAGCAUAAAAGUUGGUUGUGGACUUUUUGAACAUCUUUUGGAUGCGUUUCGCGAGCGGCGAAAGAGUUUCCGUCAGAGCAGGAUUAUCUGACAUGACCAUUGCCAAUUGAUGACAUUUACGACCAAAUUAAAGGAGGGGAAGGUGUGAAGGAACACCAUAUGGCAUGAUAUGAAUGCGCAUAGUUGGAGAGGGAGGGAAACAAAGGCCAUUUGCGCGCGUCUCCGGAGAGUUUUUUUUUUGAUAUCAAGAGGAUUUAUUAUUGUUUUGGCGGAUACCUGGGAUGGAUAACGCACAUCCUAAUUUUUUUUUAUACUUUAUAUGGUUCCCCCCUCCCCCCCCCUUCUUUUCGUUAACUGUUUUUUUUUUUCUCUUCGAUGUCUUAUUCACACGAGCCUAGAAUGGUGUGCGUGAUCUGUUUGCAAAUGCUUCUAGGGAAAAAAAAUGAAGCAGAGGCGUUUUACAGUUGCAAACCUUCCAUCAUAUUGAGGGUAAAUGGCCAACGGAGGUUUUGCAAAUGAUUUCUGGGUUUUACAGAUUGCACAAAAGUCACGAGGUAUCCUAUUUUGGUCCUUGCCAAGGGUGAUUCCCACGUCAUCGAAAAGACGAUGGCAUCGCUUCUAGUUACAGUGUAUAUGCAUAAGAUACCUACAUAUACCAUCCAUUGAUGUGGACUACAUUUGCUCCCA